AUGAAUAUAGAUAACCUAUUGGAACAGACUCAUCGUAACACAAGGAGAGGCAUAGUAUUUUCCCAUACUCGCAAGACUUUUACAAUAAAGCCGGACUCCCCCAAAACGAGAGAAGCAUGCUUAGCUUUAGGGUAUGAUCCCCAAAUCUUUUAAUUUAAGUAAUUGUUUGCUGUUCUAUAAUACAGAACUUUUGAAGAGUUUGCUGAACCAGGGAUAACUGAAAAUGUUUAAAAAAUGAGAUAUGAUCAUUAUAUGAAAAAGACAGAAAGUAAAACGGAAAAUGGAUUAAAAUAGGUGCUUUGCAAGAAAUAAGCAAGUAGCGAAAAGUGAUAAUCAAAAAAUAAAAAGCGAUCACAAAUCUACACCUGGAGAAGAGCUAUUAAAGAGACGAAGAGUAUCUAAUAAUUGAUAUUAAAGAUUAGUGAAUGAUUUGAUUGAGACAUACAAUAAGAAGAUGAGUAACAUCAAUAAUGUGGAGAAGGAAGAUUCCUAUCUUUCCUUUGAUGAAGAGGACCCUAUUCUCGUAUUGGAAUAGCAAUUAGAAAAGGAGAUUACAAAGUACAAGAAGCAAUUGCAAGUGAAAGCCAAAGAAGUUCAACAUUAAUUGGAGAAUGAAAAAAAAAGAUAAAAGCUAUAACACGAUAUGAUUGAAAGAGAGAAGAAGAUUGAGGAUUUGUAAGAAAAGAUAGCGCAUUAGAAGGAACUUAAAAAGAAGGAACUAAAACGAGCAGCGCAGAAAAAGUUUAAUGAGAUCAAAGAGAAGGAGAGAGAAAGAUAAAGAAAAUUGCUUGAAGAUAAAAAGAAGUAAGCUGAAAAAUUCGAGAAAAUGUACAUAUCUAUAUUUAUAAAUAAGACGUAAGAAACUGGAAGCUGAUGAAUUAUAGUAAAAGAAAGAACUAGAGGAACAAGAGAGAAGAUAUCAAGAAAGAAGACAUGCCAUUCAAUAAAGAAAGGAAAUGCAAGAUAAAGAGUACAAUUUACACUUGGCCUCAACAAUGAAUCAGAUUGAAUAGAAGUGGACUGAGACUUCAUAAAAUAAGGAUAGACAGAUAUGGGAAUCCAAAUUGGAAAGAUUAACUAUGAGAAGUACAUUACAUGAAGAAAAGUUAAGACAAUACAAAGCCAAAACCCAAUAAAGAGAGGAGUCUUUGGUGUAGUCGAUUGUUAAGAAAUUGGCUACAAAGGAGGAGGAUCUAAAAGGUAAUUUUGAAUCUUUUCUCUAUAGCCUUAAGAUAAUCUAAGGAGAGGGAAGAAUAAGUGAGAAUCAAAGAAGAAAAAUUAAGAAAAAAGAAGAUUGAAAAAAGCUUAAAGAAUAUUAAAUCAUAGUAGUUUGGUAAAGUUGAAAGUUUGUAAAAGAAAUUUCAAUUGCUUGAAGAUUUCUCUUAAAAAAGAAAAGAAGAAACAGAAAUUCAGAAGUAUCUGAAGAAAGAGAAAAUGAAAUUGAAAUAAUUGGAUCUGGAUGAAAACUAUUAAAGAUAAGAGAGAUUGAAGGAUUUAAGAUUUAAGUAAUUGAUAAAAUCAACUCAAUAAUUAAAUGAAUAAAAAUCAUUAGAGAAGAUGUCUAAUGAACUGGUGCGUAGAGCCUAACAGGAACUUUAGAGAAGAUUAAAGAAAGAUGCAGAAAAUCUAGAUUAGAGUUUAUUAAAUGUUAGUUAAGCUGAUGAGAAACUAUUGAAGUAAUUAAUAAUUAUAUUUUUAGUUAAAAAGUUAGUUAGCUUGAAAAGAAUUUAUCAAAUCUGGCUCAAAAUUCUAAAAUAUUAAGUUGA